UUAAUCAUUUACCUUUAUUUGCAUAAUCCUUUCAAGAGAGGCUUGGGAAAACGAAAGUAAGGGAUAUACACAGGAGGCACUCAGACAGAACACAGCAAGCCCUAGGCUGACUCCAACUGCCAAGCACAGUGUCUUAGGUAACAAGUCACCUGUUGACAACACUGGGAUUAUCUAACAAUGGAAAUACACAAAGACUCAAUGAAGCUAACCACACCUGACCAGUUGAAUGCAGACGUUUUGUCUUAUUCUUACAAUAUGGACUACAGCAAAAUUGGAAAAUGUGUAAUAAUUAACAACGAGAAUUUUCUAGCAUUACGUGAACGAAAGGGCACACAGCAGGAUGUCAGUAUUUUGGAACAUACCUUUGGAGCGCUGGGAUUCUCUGUAGAAGUUGCCAAAGAUUUAUCAGCUGCUGAAAUGUUGCAACUUUUAAGAAAAGUUUCUAGGGAGGACCACAGUGAAAUGGCAUGCUUCAUAUGCGUCCUGCUUAGCCAUGGUGAUGAAGGAAAUAUCCAUGGAACAGAUCAUGAGGUGGAAAUAAAGCAGUUACUGAAACUGUUUACUGGAGAGAUGUGCCCAAGUCUACUUGGGAAACCUAAGUUAUUCUUCAUACAGGCCUGCAGAGGAGAAAAAUAUGAUUCAGGCAUUGAGGCAGAUUCCAUGGAAAGCAAUUCCACAUAUUUUCGAGAUAUUCCAGAGGAGGACUUUUUGUGUGGAUAUUCAACAGUUGCUGGUUACUACUCUUGGAGAAAUGAAUCUUCUGGAUCUGUCUUCAUCCAGACCUUGUGUAAAGUCCUGCAGGAAAACGGCAAAAGGCUUGAAAUAAUAAAAAUCCUCACAAGAGUUAAUAAUUUAGUUGCCUUCAAUUUCCGAUCAAAUACUUACUACUGCCCAACCCACGGAAAAAGUCAGAUGCCAUGCAUCAUCAGUAGGCUGACAAAGGAAUUGUAUUUAACUUCUUAAAUUUAUAUUACAGCUACAAACUGCUUUUAAUUGCAGAUUCACCUUAUAAAAAUAAUUAGGAUGGAUUGAGUGGAAAAUAAGUAAAUAAAACUCAAUAGAGAAAUUACAGCAUUUGAAACUAAGGCUGACUUAAUAGUUACCUCAAUUUUAAUAAACAUUCUGUAAUGAGGACUACAUUUUUUCACUUAUUUGACUACAAAUGUUAUUAGACCAAGAAUUUACCCUGUUAUCUUCUGCAUGCACCCUUUUUGUUUAACUUGGUGUUUGGGCUUCAAUGGAUACAGAGAAUUAUCCUGGAAUCAUUAACAUUGUGGUUGAUUUUAAAAUGUACAGUAUAUUGGAUAACCUGAAGGCUGAGGAAUAAAAUCAUAAGCCAAGAUGAAUAAAAUUUA